AGUGGAACACGCUCUCCCGAGCGCGGAAGAAGUCUCCUCCUCCGGCGGAGGGUUGAGAUUUCCACGCCAUGUCCAUCGCGGUGGAAGCGGGCGACGACCCGUCGGGGCGGAUGACGGCUGAGGGCAUUGUCAUGAACACGCGGCAGGUGAUGAAGGGCCUGGAGGCCCUGCGGAGCGAGAACUGGAGCAUCCGCCAGCGGCUCCAGGAGGCCUUGCGGAAGGAGGGGCAGCUCCGGAGCCAGAGGGAGGAGGCGGCCGUGGAGGCCCUGGACUUGCAGGCCCUGGAGCUGCUGGAGGAGAAGCACCACCUGGUCUGCCAGAGCCUCGAGGGGAUUGAGCUGGGCAUCGCUGAAGCGCAGAUGAUGAUCGCGCUGUCCUCCCACAUCGGGGCCCUGGAGGCCGAGAAGCAGAAGCUGCGGGCCCAGGUGAAGCGGCUCAGCCAGGAGAACGUCUGGCUCCGGGAGGAGCUCUCCAUCACCCAGCUGCGGCUGCAGCAGAGCGAGGAGACGGUGGCCCAGCUGGAGGAAGAGAAGAAGCACUUGGAGUUCCUCAACCAGCUCAAGCAGUACGACCCCAGAGAGGACCAGGCGGAGAAGGAGGACCUGGCCGACAGGAAGGACACCCUCUCUCCCCUUUUCCCUGGUGAAGAUGACGACCAGAGGCACGGAAGUCCGAGCGCGGCAGCUCAGCAAGGGGGUUACGAGAUCCCCGCGCGCCUCCGGACCCUGCACAACCUGGUCAUCCAGUACGCCUCUCAGGGGCGCUACGAAGUGGCCGUGCCCCUCUGCAAGCAGGCGCUGGAGGACCUGGAGAAGACCUCCGGACACAGCCACCCGGACGUCGCCACCAUGCUGAACAUCUUGGCCCUGGUGUAUCGGGACCAAAACAAGUACAAGGAAGCAACGCUGAACGACGCCCUCGACAUUCGGCAGCAGACUUUGGGGGUGGAGCACCCUGCGGUGGCCGCCACCCUCAACAACCUCGCUGUGCUCUAUGGCAAGCGUGGGAAAUACACGGAGGCGGAGCCGUUGUGCAAACGGGCCUUGGAGAUCCGCGAGAAGGUGUUGGGUACGGAUCACCCCGAUGUGGCCAAGCAGCUGAACAACCUGGCCCUCUUGUGCCAGAACCAGGGCAAAUUCGAGGAAGUGGAGCAAUACUACCAGAGGGCUCUCUGCAUCUACCAAACCCGGCUGGGCCCCGAGGACCCCAACGUGGCCAAAACCAAGAACAACCUGGACACUCUAGGCCACCUCCGGCGCAGCAGUUCCUUCUCCCGCUUCCGUGAGUCGAUCAAACGCAGCAGUGAGAAGCUCGUCUCCAAACUCAAAGGGGAAGGGGUCCGGCGUGCCCCACCGCCCCCACCCUCAGUGCUGAAGCGGGCCACGUCUCUCAACGUCCUGCACGUGGGCGAGAGACCGGCUGCUGUGUCCCCCACGCAGCCCAGCCGGCCCCUGUCCAACUCACGCAGCCUGAGCUACAGCACCCAGAACCUCGCACAGAGCGGCUCUCCCUAGGACGUGGCGGGCGGGAACCUGCCUUUGCCUCGCCCCCAGCGGCUGGGCCAGAGACGGAGCUUCUCGCCCCCUCCGGCUUCCUGCUCGGGCCUGCAAGGAAGGGAGACCUCGACUGCUACGGACAAUCUCCUGUUUCUCAGGAAGGGGGGGGGAGAGACACACACGUCCAGCAGAGGACUCCGUCGCCCUCCUGCGCUGCCUUCGGACUCUUUGCAUACGCUCCGCGGAUUUGCACACUUCUCCCCGGCCUCCGCCCGUCAAACAAAAUCUUGGCUGCUGCUACUAUCCAAAAAGUCACUAUUUAUUCUAUUUAGGCAACUGACUAUGCUUCCCCCCCCUCUGCCCAUAAAGAUGGCUGGAAUUAGGUGGUGCAUGCUGUCUCUCUCAAGCCACACGUGGGGAUGGGUGACGGGGAAGGGGCAAAAACCUUUGGGGGGGGUGUUUGUUGUUCAGUCACACAGUCGAGUCCGACUCUUCGC